AUGAACCUCAUUGGCCUUGCUGCGGAAAGCUUGAUGGAGUAUGACCUACUCCCUCGCCCUCUCAGGCCAUUAGAAGAGCGACAAGCCCUGGUGUGCGAACGGUCCAAGCAUCUCUCCUUUUCCAAUACCUGCGAUGCCUGUGAAGUGCCCUUAGAUCCUUGGGACAAUGUUGUCUUUGUCUAUACCAAAGAGUGGCCCAUGGGUCCAUGGUCUAUUUGCUGGUCUUUAUACCGAGUAGAAGGGUAUAACAGGAGAGGUAGCAUGACCCAAAUCGAUGGUCUCUGCUUCUGCAACGGCCCGCGCAGUAGUUUCCUAGGCUGUGCAGUACUUCAUUCGAGAUGCUUCGAUUUGGUUCUAGGACCAAGCCCAUCUCGAGAGAUGAUCAACCGUCUUGGGACAGACCUGGUAUGGCGCAAACCCUCGAACUUGUGGUUUGUUAAGAACUGUCAUCCGCGCAUUAACGUCCCAGAGCCUGACGGGUUUCAUCACCUUGCCGUAUCGACCGCAGCGAGAAGAGCUGGAAUUCCCCUGCUUGGCCGACUACCACCAGAGCUCGUCGUGUCCAUCCAGUCCCUCUGCCCUGACAAACCCUUUUGGGAACUAGUCAGGGUUUAUACGCUUAAGUUCCGUUUGUUAACACUCCCUGAUGGCGAACAAGUCGAGGAUUAUCUGAGUACUCUAGUUUCUUGGAAGCGGGGAGAUGCCACUCCUCUGUGCUCUACAUUUCUAAGCAACACUGAACGUCUGCGCAUCACUAUUGACUCGGACGGCAUUUACAAGAUCGAGCGUCUUUCUGAGCACGUUCAUCCGCCGAAGUUGCUCAAAAGGCGUCUGAAAAGAUACAUUAUUGCAAAUGUCGAUCAAGUGAAGUCUAUCCGUGCGUACUUUAAAGAUGGUCUCUGCUGGCUACUUCAUCCGACCUUCCACCCUGGAUUCACAAUCUGGGAUACCUCAGCACCGCCUCAGGCACUCGAGCUUUCUUCCACGGCAAACAACGGCAGAUACCCCAAGAUCGUAGGGUUCGAGGAAUGCAGCAUGGUUCCGGAUUCGAUACCGCGAACUCUCUCAAUUGAAACUAUCGACAUCACUGCCAGGUGCAUUACUGGGAUCAGCUUUAGGUUGUCCCCUUCUCUACAAUGGAAGAAGUUCGACGUCUUCGUUCACGACAAAAGCAAGAAGCCAACAUCGUGUACCAAAUCCGGCAAGUUUGUGUUUAUGCCUCUACCUACCGACGACGAGAUAUUGUGGCUCCAGCUACGGUCAAGCAAGCAUGCCUCUAGCUUAAUGGUUAAAACCAAGCUCUCGGGCGUCAUACACAUCGGAUCCCAAGCUACGGAAGAUUUCCGAGUCAAGGCAUUCAGCCGGCGUCCCCAGCGCAUGCUCUGUAACAACGGUCUAGGCGAAGCCGGCUUCCACCAGCCUCUUGCUUUCUAUCCAAAGGGAGAUUCGAACGACCCACGAGCCCUCAGCAUGAUAACCGGACCGCAACUCAGACACAUCCCACCCAGCUCCCAGCUACUAUGGUCCUGGGCCCCGCUGGAGCAUAUAGAUAAUGUAUCUGUCUAUGAAGAGCAUAACGGAAACUUCCAGGGAAUGCGCAUCGUUUACAAGAAUGGAGGAGAGCGUUUCGUCGGCAUCAACCAGCACUUGGUUCCCGCAACAGAGUCAGCAUACUGCAAGGAGCCCACUCACCUGAGUGUCGAAACUACAGCCCCCAUGACCACGGGCGGAUCGCUUGGUGAUGGCCCAAUGUACACGAUGGUCUCCUUCGCCCCUGCUGACCUUUGGCCCCUUCCCAGUUCGGAAUACACGCAGUAUCCUCUAGAAGGGGAAUUGCACUGUUGGGUUAGGCCUUUAGAAAGAGCAGAAAUAAGAGUUCUUCCAUCGGGGACUUGGCGAAGCUCUGAUGUAUUGGAUUAG